AUGUACUUGUUAUUGGGGACCGUGAUGGUCCUGGGAGUUGUUCGGGCUCAGUUCGAGCCCUUCGCCCUGCCGAGCGCUGAAAGAUUUGCUCCAAAACCAACUGUCCCACCAGAGUUUCGCAAAUAUUUCGAGCUAGAUGGACAUGCCAGGGAACUUGUAGAGUCUUUGCUUGGGCCAAGACCCGGCGGUUUCUUUCCUGAGAAAACGUAUGAAGUGGGCGAACACACAGAGCCAACUCAACCCGGUGCUCCUCCACGACAAAUCUCUAAUCUUGAAAGAACACUCGAACAAUUCUUCACGGCUCCUGAAGAGUCAUCAAACAGUCUUCCACCAGGUUUCAACUCAGGGUUUUCUCUGCAAAACAAUCACAAACAAAAACUCGAUAAGGACAAUAGUGGCCGCCCGUCAAUCUCCGGCAUUCCAAACGUUUUCCCAAAAUUACCGAAAGUGCCAGUUUUAAAUGAUCCCCGUGACGAGUUCACCACAAAGCAACCGGUUGUGAUCAACAGAGCUCCAGAAAUGCCAAUGAUUGAGUCAGCUCCACCAGUUCCCGAAAAUGGAAUGCUUUCAUCGGAUAUUCGGCGAGCACCUGAGUCUGUUGGAGAGGUGCCGACGAAUGACGACGGAGAACCGAACGAGGGCGAAUAUGGAGGAUUAGCUGAAGAGACAUCGACAGGAGGUGGAGGACUCAUCGGAACGAUUCUCAAUUUGAUCUCUCUUGGAGCAAAGAAAGCCAAAGAGGGACCAAAGGCGACGAAUGAAUCCGAUGCAAAAUCGCUUGCCGCCGGAGUCUCGAAUUUGUUGGGUGGAGAGAACAGCCCGAUUCCGAUGAAGAACUUCUUCUCCGGAGCUUUGUACAAGGCUCUCACCGCUGGGUCAAUUCUUAAGAAUGACACCGACUCCAGCUCGAACAACACCGAACUCACCGAUGCUCAGAAGUCAGCUAUUGGAGAGAACUUGGAAAUGAUUCAAAACCUGAUCAUCCAACCAAGCUCACCCCUUUGCACUUCUAAACCCGAUCCAGUUGAUUUUGACUUUUAUGCCAUUCUCGGUCAAUGGUAUCAGGUGGUCUACUCACCUCCACUUUCUCAUGGACCGUGCAGUAUGGUUGCCUAUAAGAAACUCAGCGAAGUCAACAAUGGAGGAGCUGGUAGCUUGUUCGAGACUUUCGAAUAUUCUACCGAUGGCACUCCAUACGGAAAACCGAUGAUCUCAUCCGGGUACGCGCUUGUGAAAUCCCCAGGAGAGCUUUUAAUGAGAACAUCGGGAAGCAAAGAGGACGUCAAUAUUCACGUUCUCCACGUCGGCCCACUCAAUUCAAAUAGUGAGUACGAGUAUGUGGUGAUGUCGACGAAUUGCAAUUAUCCACUCUACGUCUUUGCAAGGGAUCCAAUUGUUUAUAAGCAGAAAUACGAGGCUGAGGUGACUGAGCUGAUGGAGAAGAAAGGUUGGGUGAAUGGCUUCUCAAAGCUCUUAAACAUUGUCUCCUCUGUUGACAGCGGUAUGUGCACUUUCCCGCCAUCACUCUUCAAUCUUCAAGGA